GCUGUUUGAGCGGAAAAGAGAUCCAGCGACAGCGGAAGGAGGGGGGUGGAUCAUCACCGAGUAUCAGGGAGGGGCCAGAGUAGUGAAAGUGGGAAACAAUCUGCACUGCGAAAAGAGGGAGGGGGGAAUUUGGUGCAAGCAUGGCGGUACAGCUGCAUCAGCUGGGGGCGGUUAUGCAGUACGUCGUGUUUGGGAUCUCCGUUGCGCUCGCCCUCUUCUUCAUUGUGCAGACACGCCGGAAAAAUGUCAACUGGGAAAUCAUCUUUGCCACCGCCGCCCUCGCGACCCUCUACAUGCUGGAGCGUCAAUGGGGCCCCGCCGGCCCCGCUGACAUCAGCAUGACGAGUUCGGGGCGACGGUUGCCGUGGUUCCGCUAUGGGGAGUGGCUCCUGACGUUUCCUCCGUUAUUGGCGGCGGUCGCAAAUCUGACGGGGCUUGGGAGGCGGAAAUGGGGCCAAGGAAUGGCUCUGUUGGGCGCGCUCCAAGUUGCGCUUCUGGGGGGGGUCACGGCGGCAUACAGCACGGGCCUUGCGGCGAAGAUUGUUUUUGCGUGCAUUGCGGCAGCUGCAUAUGCUGUUGUCCUUGUGCUGACGUCACUCACCUUCGGGCUGACGUAUCGUGAGGUGCCCCUCUCCCUGCGGGGCUUCGUGUCGCUCCUGCGCGCCCUGCUGCUGCUGACGUGGCUUGUCUACCCCGUCACCUGGGCGCUCGGUCCAGCAGGUUUCCGCCGGAUCUCCUUCGACGGCGAAACGGUCGCGUUCGCUUUUGCGGACAUCUUCGCCAAGUGCGCCUGGAGCGUUCUACUGUGGUACUUCCGCCGGACAGUCCAAGUGUCCGUUCCGGCGCAGUUCUGGGCGACGCAGGCCGACGCGCAGGCUGCGCCGGGCGCCGUCGGGGAUACCGGAGUUGCCCAGCAGCUCCUUGGCAAGGGAGAUCCGGUGCUUGUCUCCGGGCGCCGUUUUCAGCCGGCGGUCGCGGAAGUUGGAGAGGGAUCCCCCUCGGGCAAAGAGCCGCUCCUAUUGGAGGAACCAGAGGAGGUGCCGCUGACUGGCUGGCCGCUCGGGCUCGCACGUACGCGUGUGCACGUGGCCCCCCGUGACGUCACCCGCCCCCGCGCUUCUCCCCGGUUCUGGUUUCCCGGUCUCUCCGAUCAGAUCCGCACAGAACAGGCGGCCUACAGCCCGACCGGAACGCCCUUUCCGGUCACUCGGCCCUCGUCCCUUCUUCCGAGCCCCAGACAAGAGCUAGAAACGGCGGAAGGGGUGACGGUCUACCGGAAUCCGCUGGCUCUGACGGAAUCCGGAGAGCAGGAGGUAGGCGACGCGGCCGUCGCGCGCGCGCGCGGGCGCGAGCUCGCGAUCGAUAUUCCGGGGGAGGGUUCAGGCCAGCGGACGCCGGAGUGGGGCGGAGCGGAAUCCUCUGAGGACCGGAAACGGACUUGGGCGGCGUUUAUCCGCUCUUUCGGUGCGCAAAAGUCGCCUCCUGAGACCAAGUCCGAGGAAGGCGAAGCCGGGUACAAAACGCUCGCCCGGCCGGAAUGGCCGGGCUCUAUUUCGGCGCGCAAAGAGCGCCCGGGGGAGAGUCAGUCUCGGUUCUGCCUGCGGCGACGGCCGAGGAAACCACACUCGCUUCGGAAGUUCCGACACCGACCAGCCGGCUCGAGAGAAUUGUAA